AUGGCGCAACACCUUUAUAAGGUCAUACAGAGUCUAGCUAAUCUAGUGCAACAGUAUUUUAGGCUGGAUGGGACACCAGGCAGUUUUUAUGAGUACACCAGGCAAGUAAAGGUUUCAUCGGAAAUACUUCACAAGGGAAGUGUGGGACCACAAGGAAUUGAAGUUCAUGAAGUUGGUACAGUUGGUAUAGAGGAGCUACGAGUGCAUUUUACUCCUUACUUGUGGCCUGUGAGCUCUGCAGAAAAUAAAAAAGGCCAAUCGUAUUGGGAGAAGCAUGCAUGCCUCAAGCCUGGCCAGGUGUCUCACAUAAUGAGUGAGUGUCCUUUCCUUAGGGAUGUUGAUAGCUAA